CCUUGACUAAAUUAAUGUAUAUUGAUUUUUUGCGUUCUCUCUCUUUCUCUCAGCAUGUUCUCCCACCCGGUUCUCGAUUUUCCAAUCUUCCUGCUCCCCACUGAAAAUAAUUUAAUACCUGCUUCUUACCCUUCGCUAUCAAAUACGAAUAUUAAUAAGUCCUUCCUUUUUCUAUUGUGUCUUUCUAUUUUGGUCUUCAAAAUCCAUUUUUUUCUCCCUCUCUCUGUCCUUUUAAUUGAACCAGUUAAAAAGCAUAAUUAGCAUUUAAAUCUUUCUCCUACAGCCUCCCUCCUCCUCUCGCUCACUCACUCACUCGCUCGCUCCCUCCUCACUCGCUCUCUCUUCCUCUCUCUCUUUCUCACUCGCUUGCUCAUGUCUCUGUCGCUAAGGCAACCAAUGCUUUUUCCCACUCCCUCUCCCUAUCUCCCCCUCUCGGAGUCGCUCUCCUUCACUCCCCUGCUUCAGCCGCGAGAGGUAGGUAUGCCAACUGAUCUGCGUGCUGUAUGUGUGUGUGUGAGUGUGUAUAUGUGUCAGUAUGUGUCUGCAAGGGUGUUUGUGGAGUGUCUGCAUGUCUUGAGUGUGUGUCUGCAUGCUUUUGAUGUGUCCAGGUAUGUUUUAUUGACUGUCUGCGGGGUUGUGACUGCUGGCUAAAUGCAAGAAAUAUGGGAGCCACAUGCCAACAUUGGGAGUCUGGAGUGCACAGGUGUGUUUGUGUGUGUGCUUGUGUAAAAGGCUACUUGCGCAUGUACCUGUGAUGGAUGGAUGCAUGGUUUUAUGUGUGGGGGCUCAUUUCGUGUGUAAUCGAGGGUGAAUUUUAGUUUUAUAUUGCUCCUCUUCCAGAGUGUCUGUGGAUGUGUGUGUGAGUGUGUGAUGUUGGGUGUGCGUGUCUGAGCGUCUGAAUGCAAGACUUAGAAAUGACAGGAGGAUAUUCUUUACAAGCGUCUGAUCAGUGCCUUGUUUGGUGGGUGUGUAAAAGAAAUCUCUCCUGUCUCCUUGUUUUUUUUCUGUCUGUUGGUUUUCUUUGUAUUGCAAGAGAUGAUAGGUGGAGAAAAGGCUGACUGAAAAAGACUGAAGCGAUGGAGCGAUGCUCCAUCCCUCCUGCCACCCCGCUCUACUGCCUCCUGCUGGUGGCGGUGGUGACGUGCCCCACCCGCUGCGACCCUGACGACCAGAAGUGGGAGGAGAUCAGCGACAUGCAGGUGGUUGAGGCCCUGAGCUCCGCCCAGCUGUCCGUCACGGCCCAGGCCACGCCCACUCCGCUCUGGGCCGUGGUGUGGGGUCCGACCCAGUCCCUGGAGGACGAGACGCAGCAGCACUUCCUGCCCGGCCAGGAAGCCGAGGUGUCCACGGAGGUGGCGGAGGCCUGGUCGCGCCAACACCACCAGGGCCUGCCCACCACCCAGACUGAGCAGCUUCUCCCCUCGCUGGAGGACGCCGUGGGCACUGACGACAGCAGAACGGACCCCGGCGAGGAGAUGGAGGAAGUGGACCCUCAGUUCUAUGUCACGGUGAUCAUCUCAUCGGUGCUGAUUCUCGCGGCCGUCAUCAUAACUGCCAAACUGUGUUACGACCGCAGCUGUUCGCAGCACCCGCCCCCGCUGUCGCGUGGUGGGGCUCCCCCCCUGUCGCUCGCCAUCCCUCGCUCCCUGGCUCCGGAGGACAGCCGGCAGACGCUGCACAGCACCCCCUCCUUUGGGGACAGGGAGAGGAUUCCUGUGGUCAAUCUCUAAAAGGAUGACUGAUUUCCAAGUCGACAAGCAUUUAUAUUGGGCGAUGAGAAUAUGCCAUCAACUGGGAGAGUCGAGAGUGUAUAUAAAUAUAUACAUAUAAAUAUAUACAUAUAUUUUGGACUAUGACAUUUGAAAGCUACUAUGGAGUCUGCAGCAGUGGGUAUCCGUCCUCCUCAGCCCCUCAGCCAUUGUGAGAGCUACUCCUCCCUAGAGUUGUAGAUCACAAUCACCCAGCUGCCGGCUGCCGUCUCCUCUCUCCUCUCUCCUCUCUUUCCUCCACCGUGACAAGAGCGUAUUUCAUGUUUCGGCUGCAGCUCGGCUCCCCGCGUCCUUGUUGAUGGCCAUAGCCGUCCCCAGAAGCUGUUCCACAUUGCCGUGCAGUGUGUGCGCAUGCCACGGAGCUGGGUACAGACACAAUUUUUAUGGAGACAGACAUCUGUGAAACAUGUUUUUUGAUGAAAAUGCAUACAGUAUACAUACAGUAUUAUCAGUUUUCACCACUGACAUUGUGGCUCUUGACGGUCUGGUUUCAUCACUAAGCUGCUUUUGGCUGGAGAACUUAAUUUGAUUCUUUUUUUUAAAUUAUUUAUAUUAUCAAAUUAAAGGGAAUCGGCUGUGGUCUGGUCUAAUAAAACAAUGGUACUUAACACGGUGAGAAGUCGAUGAUCUGAGGAAGUGCAGGUGCUAAAGCACUCCCAUUACCAUUUUAAUGAGCUUCAUCACAGGGAGGAUGCAGAUACAGUGGCAAGCCGUUUUUUUUUUCUACGUAAUGAUAUACAGAUGCCUUCUAGACUGUUUGAUUUUUCUAUGGCUGUAUCUCUCAUUCUCCCUUGACAGAUAGGACUGCCAUGGCAGUUAGCACUUCAGAAUAUUCCGGGAGCUCUAGAAUUAUCCCAAGGCUCUAGAAUUUUUGGUUCUAGGAAGAUCUCCACACCAAGUGCUCCAUACUAGUGUGGUCCUUUUCAGCUUUCCGCUUUUGGCUAAGAAGUGGUGGAGGAUGGUAGAGGCUUAACCCCACUCAGCUGAAGAGUUAAAACGAAAAGAGAUUUUUUUUUCCUCCUCCCCAAGACCUGGAGGUAGCCUACUUGUGCAUAUCUCUCAAACCAGAUCAGUGUGAGCAGAGGUAGCCUGACGGACCAUUGCCAAGAUAUUUAACAUAAUCCCUGGAGUAGCAUAUCGUGUAUUUAAGGGGCCAAUUCUGUUUCUCGCUCACAUUGGGUGGUUCAGCCUGAAAAAAAAUUGAAAUGUCCUUAAAACUUUGCAGUUUUGCGCACUUUUGAAUGUUACAUCGACCAAAAAAAAGUGUCAAGGAGGGAAAUAAUUUCAUUCUUCCAAUUGUAGAGGAGUUGUUGAGCUGUUUUAGGACAGAUGUGUUUGUUGGCAUUGCUGCCUCAGUGUUCAGUAUCUGACAAACCAUGGACUGUGGUGUGGGGACUGCCAUUCAUCAGGUGUUUUUUUUGUUUUUUUUAACUACAGUUGACUAUUUGACUUCAUGUGCUGUGACAUCGUAUGUAGUGUGUUCAGUACAGUAUUAUGUCAUCCAAGUCACAAUUGCUGUGAAUCUAUGAACCGCUGUAUACCUAAAGCUCAAUAAAGAGCAAUCACUCUUUGUGAUGGAGCAGUGUUGUUGUUGCUGGCUUCCUUUUCUGUCAUCGUCGUGUCACACAGACUUUAAACACACAAAAGAGAAAUCAGAGCACACACAAAGUGAUUGAACAUGACUCACAGGCAGCUUUUACACUCGCACACAAAGUUAGAAGGGGAAAAAAAACCUGCGAGCUCUCAACAAACACAUAGCUCAAAAAAAUAUGGCACAUUCAUUUCGCAUGCCACACACACACACAAAUUUGAUCCUUCACACAGGCGUGCACACACACACACAUACACACACACACACACAGGUGUACAGCUGCAGAAGUUCACAGUUCCCAUCUGCUCUGAACUGAGCGACUGUGAAGCUGUGAGACUCAUUCGCACAGACUGAAAUUAACACGGCUAUUUAUAGAGUGAGGGAUACUGAAGUGGAGGCAGAGGAUGAGAGGAGUUAAAAAAGAGUGGGUGGGUGGGUGGAGGUGGAGUGGGGAGAGAGAGAGAAAGAGAGACAGAGAGAGAGAAUGGCACUAAAGACUUAAGUUCCAAUACCUCUCUCUCUCUUUUUAAAAGUAGAUCAUUCCUUCUCUCAUCUUUGCCCCAUAGUCCGUCCCUCAAUCCUCCUCUAUCCCCCCUUUUCCAUUUGGGAGAGGGUACCAUGGGAGCUGAUGGCCACCAAUCACAUCCCGCAGGACGGAAAGAGACAAUUUGCCGACUAAGGGUGGUGGAGGGUAGUAGAGGAAGGCAUAAAAAUGGGACACGAGGGAAAAAAAACAGCAAAGUUAAAAAAAAAAAAAAAAAGUAAUAAAAAAAAUAGAAAGCGCUGUGGGCAAAAUAUUAAGAUGAAAUGCACGUACGGUGUUGUGCAUGCAUAAGUGAGCGUGUCUCUUUCUUGAAAGUGGAUGUCUGUGUUCGUGCAUGCGACCGUGUGUGUGUUUGUGUGUCAGAACCAAGCACACAGAUGUGUGUGGAAAAUUCAUAUCAAAGCAGAAGCGAGAGCUAGAUCUAUCUGCGACUAGUGUGAUAAAUGUAAGAAACAGCAUUUCACGUAUUAGACUACAUCAUUGAGCAUUUCUAAGAGAGAAAGUGUAGGCAAAUGUGUCUCUAGUGUGGUGUAUAAUGCAACCAGUGAUGUACAGCCAGCGUGUGCGUGUAUGUGUGUGUGAGAGAGACAAAAAUGUGUGUAUCCAGCGCAGUUAUGGAGCAGACUGAGAGGUUUGUUCCAGUGUCUUAACUCCGCUCAGGGGGGUUUAGGGAGUAGUGGUGAUGGGGGGUACACUAAUUAAUGCCUUGACCUCCAAACGGAUGACCCCCUUUGG